AAGAGAGAGAGAGAAUGGAGUGGAGCAGCUCAGAGAAGAGCUGGGGAAAGAAGGAAAAGGAGGAGCCAUACCAUGUAAUUCACAAGGUUCCUUGCGGUGAUGGUCCUUAUGUUAAAGCUAAACAUGCACAGCUAGUGCAGAAAGAUUUGGAAGGAGCAAUAGUAUGGUUCUGGAAGGCAAUAAAUGCUGGGGAUAGAGUAGAUAGUGCCCUCAAGGAUAUGGCAGUGGUGAUGAAGCAAAUGGAUAGAACUGAAGAAGCCAUUGAAGCUAUCAAAUCUUUCAGGGGUCGUUGCUCCAAACAAUCCCAAGAAUCACUUGAUAAUGUCCUCAUUGACUUGUACAAGAAAUGCGGGAAAGCGGAUGAACAAAUAGUGCUGAUAAAGCAGAAGCUGAGGUUGAUAUACCAAGGAGAGGCUUUCAAUGGGAAACCAACAAAAACUGCGCGUUCUCAUGGCAAGAAGUUUCAGGUUUCUGUCAGGCAGGAAACUUCCAAGCUACUGGGAAAUUUGGGUUGGGCCUAUAUGCAAAAGACGAAUUACAUUGCCGCCGAGGUAGUAUACAAGAAAGCCCAGAUGAUUGAUCCCGACACGACGAAGGCCUGCAACUUGGCCGUCUGCCUGAUCAAGCAGGCCCGAGACGACGAGGCCCAUUUGGUUCUUGAGGAGGUGUUACGGGGAAGGCUUCCAGGUUCUUGUAAUACCAAGUCCAGAGCUCGGGCUCAAGAAUUGCUAUUGGACUUGAAGCCACGGCAGCCUCCGCCUCCGCCACCGUUGUCGUCUGAAGUGAUGGGCCGUAACUUGGAUCCGUCGUCGUCUGAAGUGAUGGGCCUUAACUUGGAUCAAGAUUUCGUUGACGGGCUUGAGAGAUUGAUGCAUGCAUGGGCCCCUUCGAGAUCAAAAAGACUUCCCAUCUUUGAAGAGAUAUCGUCAUUUAGAGAUCAGCUGGCUUGUUAAUUUCAAAUUUUUAUCUGUCCAUAUUUUUCUUUAUUCGAAUUUGUCGAGUUAGUAGUGUUAGACGGUCAAAAUAAAUGGUAUUUGUAAGCAAAUGUAAAUAUAUAUGUACAUGGAGUUGAGGACGUGGAUUUUAGUUUUUCUUUCGUUACA